AUGGCAAUGGCAAAUAAUAAGACACAAUGUUUUACUUGUAAUAAAGAAAAAAUAACAUACCCUUGUAAAGGAUGUUCAAAAGAAUUCUGUCUCAUGGAUUUAACAGAAUACCAACGAAUAUUAAGUGAUGAACUAAAUCUUAUUACCAAUGAAUAUAAUGAAUUUAAACAAAGAAUUAAUGAACAAAAACAGAAUCCACAAAAUGAUUUAUUAAUCAAACAAAUUGAUGAAUGGGAAGCAAAGUCAAUUGCAGUAAUUCAACAAAAAGCACAACAAUGUAGAAAAAUUGCUAUGGGAUAUUUACCAACAUUCUUAAAUGAUAUUGAAAAGAAAUUUAAUGAUUUAUCUCAACAAAUAAAACAAAUUCAUCAUGAAAAUGAAUCUAAUGAAAUAAAUUUAAUUUAUUUAAGAAAUCAAUUGAUAGAAAUUACACAAGAAUUAAAUAAUCCAUCAAAGAUUUUUAUUAAAGAAGAUUCACAAUCAUUUAUUAAUGAAAUUUCAAUUAUUUCAUCAAGAGAAUCAAAAUUUAACAAAUGGAAACAAAAUGCCAUCGUUGUGGCUGGUGGAAAUGGACAAGGGCAACAAUUAAAUCAACUCUUUUUCCCUUAUGAAAUCUUUAUUGAUAAAAAGAAAAAUAUUAUCAUUGCUGAUUAUGGAAAUAAUCGUAUUGUUGAAUGGAAAUAUAACGCAAAAGAAGGACAAAUCAUCGCAGGACGAAACCAAAUAGAUCAAUUGUAUCGACCAACAGGUAUGAUUGUUGAUCAACAAAAUCAUUCCAUCAUCACUGCUCACUUCUGGGACAACCAAGUGAUUCGAUGGAUGAAUCAAAAUCAACAAAUUCUUAUUGACAACAUUGACUGUUCUCGAUUAACAAUGGAUAAAAAUGGAUUUUUUUAUGUUUCCGAUUGGGCGAGAAAUGAAGUGAGACGAUGGAAAAUGGAAGAAUACAACAAUGAAGGAGUUGUAGUGGCAGGUGGAAAUGGAAAAGGAAAUCAACUCAAUCAACUCAAUGAUCCUACCUCUAUCUUUGUUGAUGAAGAUCAAUCUGUUUAUAUAUCAGAUCACGACAAUAAUCGUGUAAUGAAAUGGAGAAAAGAUGCAAAAGAAGGAACUAUUGUCGCUGGAGGAAAUGGUCAAGGUAGAAAUCUUAAUCAAUUGCAUUAUCCAGAAGGACUAUUUGUUGAUGAUUUGGGUCAAAUCUAUGUAGCAGAUUGUUGGAAUCAUCGAGUAAUGCGUUGGUGUGAAGGAAAAGAAGACGGUGAAAUUGUUGUUGGUGGAAAUGGUGAAGGAAAUCAAUUGAAUCAAUUGAAUCAAUUGAAUCAUCCCAGUGGUUUAUAUUUUGAUGACGAAAGAAAUCUUUAUGUUGCUGAUCGUGACAAUCAUCGAAUUCAAAAAUUUGAAAUAGUUUUGUAA